AUGGCUGAGGAAGCUGUGAUCUUUCCUGACCAACCUCUGUUCAUGGUGGAUCGUGGAUGGCAGCGACGCAAGAAGAGGGCGGGAAAGAACUCGCCUCAGGCAGUGUACGAACGAGAGCUUGUUCUCCAACCAUCGCGCGUGCCAGAGGUCACCAUCACUGUCGCCAAUCGACCUGGCAGCGCGACAUCCACGCCGCCGCCCGACAGGGAGAAUAGGCAGAAACCAGCAAAGAGCGACUCAAAACAGCCUGUACACAUACAGUUCAUGAAAUAUGAGCCUCCGCCACCCAAGAGAAAGCAACAGCAUGGAGCGAAAGAGCGCACGCAGACUGGAGCCUCUAGCACGGGCAAACCGCUCUGCAACGAAACAACGAUGAGAUCAAGAGGCGUCUCUCAGGAUUUAUUCACUCUCAAGCCGUCCCUUCCUGGAACCGCGACUGCCCUUUACUUGGUUAUAGACCCUGAAGUCAGCUCGUUCCAAGAGUUUGUCGGCUAUUAUCCCACCCGACUUGCUGCUUCAAUGUACCCAAUCACCAAGGCAGUGACCCUCACUCAUAACCCCAUUGAGACAUUCUGGUUUCCUGCUGUGGUCAAAGACGAGGUCUCCCUGCACACGAUUUUAUUUUCUUGCGCAAUGCACUACUUUCUCGGUUCUGGACAACUGACCUUCAGAGAUUCAGAUCUCUUGGUGAAAGCGAUCCUCAGCCGACUCAACCGUAGACUACAUGAGGGGAAAUACUCGGACCUGACCAUUGGGGCUGUAUCGUGUUUGGCUCUCUGCGAGAACCACCUGGGCAACCAUCCAAAGUGGAAAAUGCAUGCGGCGGGCAUGUCUGAAAUGGUGCGCGUAAGGGGUGGGUUCCAGAAUGUCCGGGAUGUGCUGCACAUGAAAAUCUACAGAGCCGAUACAGUUGGUGCUGUUGAUACGCUUACACAUCCUAACUUUCCUCGUCCGGUCAGAACAACGAAGAGUCUCUUCGGUAUGUUGGCAAUCGAGCCGCCGCGUACUCCUAUAGAGGCGCUGUUUGUGGAUCUUGGCUUGACGCAGACCGUGUUGAAUGCACUCGUGGAACUAUCACACCUUUGUCACGCUCUGAACCAAGCUGCAGGGGAGCGAAUCCCCGUCGAUCCCAUGGCCUUUGACGAAGACGUUACCUGCAUCCAGCACGACCUGUUGAGAUCGAUAUCUCCGGAUCAGGAAGCUGUUGAGCGACUCUGCGUAAUCACGGCGCUUAUCUUCAUUCAGACUCUGACCCGGGAAGUGCCCUUUACGAGACUGUGCUCCAGCCACGUCUCGAAACAAUUGAAAGAGGCGUUGCCCGCCCUCGACGCCGGCAAAGCUCCCGCCCGACUCAUAUACUGGAUGCUGUUUAUGGGGGGCCUGGUUUCCCAGGACACGAGCGAGAAGAUCUGGUUCCGGAAAAGGCUGAGGGAUUUUCACCGGUUACGGAAUGAUCUGGUGCGAUGGGAAAAUGUCAAGGCCGAGCUACAGAAGGUUUUCUGGGUCGACGCCCUGCAAGAAGCAUUCGGGCUCGAAGUCUGGCACGACAUUGAUGCCACGCACCAACUUGCUUAG